AUGCCUCAUCCGCUGGACCUUGGCCUGAACCUGGCCGUGAGCAAGACGAAGAAGAGCAAAGGGAAGAGCGAUGUAGUAGUGGCCACUCCGUGGCAUGUAUCUGCUGGUGACCAGGACACCAGGACCUUUCUUGCCGCGACUGGCAGCGACUCGGUCGACGAUGCUUCAGGCCCUUCGGUUUGGCUGGAGUCGCGGAGGACCAAUCUCUUUGAAGAAUUGAAGGUGCAGCUCCGACGCGAGUGCACUUCAGAAGGACAGAGUCGAUACCCCAGCAUGGCCUUUGAGCGUUGGUGGCUCUCCGCCAAAGAUUUCGCUGGCGGCUUGGAUCCGCUGCUUCCGACUCCGAAGCUGGCAGAGGACCCGGCCCUCGUUUCGGACUUGGAGCGAGCUGGAUUCUCCAGAAAGGCCGCUUGUGAAAUCGCAAGGCGGCUGGCUUCCUCGUCGGAAGCAGCGGCCGCUGCCAUCCGAGAGCUGGCAGCUGCAAAGAAGUCCAAGAGGGAGGUGGUCGAGAUGCAGCGGUCCGAAGAAGGCGAUGAGGUGUUGUUGGUCUGCAAAUCUGCAGGAGCCAGGGUGCGUUUUUCCGGGUUCGCUUACAAGAAGCUGAAGAAGCUGUACGAGUUCCAUGGAGUGCAGAGUUGCCCUUUCGAGAAGGCGGUCAUGGUCCUCGGAAUGCGAUAUCUGGCUUUAGGUGGGACUGGCUUCCAACUGGCCUUGCCUUCAGCGGCCUGGAAAGUUCUGCAGGAAGACUUCGCUGUGCAGGCCGAAUGCUUUGCAUCGCCACUGAACUGCUGGUUCCCAAACUACUGCAGUGCAUUUCCCGACUGCGAUAGAUGCUUCGGUUCGAUGGGGAGCUUCUCCUCGUUCAAACCACGCCGGGGAUGCUUUGAAGCAAACCCGCCCUUCGCACCAGCUGUGAUCGCGGGAAUGCAGAAGCAUAUGCACAGCCUCCUAGCGUCGACAGACGAGCCUCUGAGCUUCGUCAUUGCCAUCGCAAGUUGGGAGAAUCCCGAGGUCGCCACCUUGAGAAAGUCUCCCUUUGCGCGUGGCCACGUCGUGGUGCCCAGGGAGGAACAGGUGUGGCUCGAUGGCCAGCAGAGCCGCCGGGCUCCUGUUGAGCUUCUGAUUGUGGUCUUGCAGAACGAUGCGGCUGCCUCUGAUUCAAAGAUGAUGAUCUCGCGAGAGAAGCUGGAACGGCUGCGGCAAAGCUGCACAGGAGAGGCCAAGCCUUUGGGGCCCAGGAAAAGGCCUCGCCCGGACACUGCGGUUGAGACUGCCCAGGCAGCAGCUGAUGGACCGGGCGAAACGCCUGACGCAGACCCAUCAGCAGACCGAGCUCGAGCGAUCUCAAUUCGGCCAGGCGGAGUGCUGUGGCGAGUGCCUCAUUGGCAGCUUGUCAAGCUGAAGCGCUUUUGCGCGUGGUUUCGCUUGAAAUCAGCGGCAAAGUCGUUCGGCUGGACCUCAAGCGUGACAGAUGGCUGGCACGCCCGCAACAUGCACUUCUGGCUGAAGGAAGCUGCGACGGUGGACGGCAUGACGGGAGGUGGCGUUUCCGACAAGGAUCUGGUCUUCAACCAGCAGUUCAUGAAGAAGCUGGCACGCCUUCGUGGAAACUCCAAGGGCCGCUUUCAGCGCGCUUUGGAUGUGGGAGCUGGCAUCGGUAGACUCGCGAAAGGCGUCUUCCGCACGCACUGCGACCACGUCGACCUGCUGGAGCCCAUCGAGAAACAUCUGCAAGUUGCCAGAAAGGAGCUGGACGACACUACUUGGCCGGGACACUUCAUCUGCGGCACACUUCAAGAUUUUAAGCAGCCCACACAGUCGCUGUACGAUCUGGUGUGGUGCCAGUGGAUCUUCAUGUACAUCACAGAUGCGGAUGUGGUGAAGUUCCUCCGACGUGUCUCUGUCGAGCUCCUUGCGUGGCUCGGAUGCAGCCACCGCUUUUAUGCUUCGAUCCAAAAUCAUGCUUCUUUUGCAGGCCAGCUGGGACCGUGGUAG